CGAGGUGGUUUACUAAGCCGGAAAUAACGAAGGAAAUUUGUGGUUUGCUGGAGCUGUGGUCGCUGUGGUAAAUGUCGAAAAUACGUUAUCAGGUGAUCGUGCUCCUCUCCAUAUGCACGAUAUUCCUGACCUUCUGUGCAAGCCACGCAAUCGUCUACCGCAAAUCCGCUUACUCCGAUCUCGAGGACUCAGUGUCAUCAUCCGACACGGGUUUAUUAAUAUCGCGGACGGAACGAGCCGCGCUUCUAUUCGGAACGCUCCGCGAGCGGAUUAACGCCGCGCUUACUUCUCGUUUACGAGAUUACUCGAACCACUCGACUGCCUGGGAUUUAAUGCAGGCACGUUUACAAUGUUGCGGCGUGAACAAUAUGGUGGAUCAGGGCAGCAACUCGAGUGUAUCAGACGGGUCGUCGUUCUGUCUUAAACCCAGGUCCGUGCAUUCUCGAAAUAGCCUCGAGUACUUUGGGGACGACGGUAACACAAGUUUCAGAUUUAGUAUCAAGUUGCCCGGAGGACUCGUCGGCCAGAUGAGAAUUCAACGAGCCCGCUAA